AUGCUUGAGAUGGAAGAUUGGGAAGUGGCUCCCGGCAGGCUUCGCGACGAGCGUGGCGCAUCACCCACUAUAUCUGAGGACAUAUCCUUCAACGUCAUCGUCAUCAAACCAGGCGAUUCGCACCAGUGGUCUGCGGAAGCAGACAAGGUUCGCAUAUGCUCCCUCGCGACAGGGAAGCUCAAAGUCAGACUCGAUAAUACGGAGCCAUUUUCAAUGGGACCGAACGGCAUGUUCAAGCUGAAGCCCAGCACUGCCUGUACCGUCGAGAAUCGACUAUACGUCGACGCAGUAGUACACGUCACGACGGUUUCGCAGUUUUAG